AUUUCAAAACGCUACACACAAAUCGUUUAGUUUCAUUGUACAGAAAGGCAUAGAGGAGGAAAUAGGAAUUUGUCGUCGACAGAGACUCAGAGAGAUCCGACCCGAAAACCCGUAAAAAUCGAAAGAUGGGCAAGGAUGGUUUGAGCGACGACCAGGUGUCUUCAAUGAAGGAAGCCUUCAUGCUCUUCGACACCGACGGAGACGGAAAAAUCGCACCAUCGGAGCUCGGGAUCUUAAUGCGGUCGCUCGGCGGAAAUCCCACAGAAGCCCAGCUUAAAUCAGUCAUCGCGACCGAGAAUCUCUCGUCUCCGUUCGAUUUCAACCGAUUCCUAGAUCUCAUGGCGAAGCAUCUGAAAACAGAGCCGUUCGAUCGACAGCUCCGUGAUGCAUUCAAGGUGCUCGACAAAGAAGGCACAGGGUUCGUCGCUGUGGCGGAUCUGAGGCAUAUACUCACUAGUAUCGGCGAGAAGCUUCAGCCGAGUGAAUUCGAUGAGUGGAUCAAGGAGGUUGAUGUUGGAUCCGAUGGUAAGAUCCGGUACGAGGAUUUCAUCGCUAGGAUGGUCGCCAAGUGAGAUCUGAAUCUCCUAAUUUUUGAAUUUUAUUUUGGUUCGAAUUUUACUCCUUAGUUUUAUUUAUCUGUUGACUGGAACGAAUCUUAGGGUUUGUUCGGAAAUGUUAAUUGGGGAAUGAUAAAUGUCUUAUCUUUAUGCUUAUUGUAGUUUAUUGAGUUGAAUUUGAUUGAUUUUGUUGGU